AUGGCUGCAGAUACCACUGAGCAAAGUGUGAAACUCAGUGGUGAUGGAAAUGAGCAGAAGGUGCCAGAAGCAAAUGACAAGGAGCCGAGCAAUGUCAGUCACAGCGACUCCAAUGAGCUGAGCCAAUGGGUGCUGGGCGCGUUGCUGCGAGGCGAGGCACCAGAGCAGGUGGCCAAGUUUGUGGCCACCAGGGUGCACCUGGAGGACCAUGACUACGAGGCUCUUCAACUUCACUUGCAGCAGCAUGUGCACGCGGUUCGGGCGCUUCCGGAGAAGGACGACGGAGAGCCCGGAGAGCCCAUCGUUGGAGAGUUUGGCAAACCACCGCCUCUUCCGAAGGAGGUCGAUGGAAAUUAUGGGAAUGACUUCCUUCCCAUGUUUGGCACGCAGAUUGAAGACACUUUCCGUACCCUGCAGAUCACCUCCCAGCACUCCAACAUUGGGCCAGUAGCGGUGCCGUCCUGGCCGAAACGCCAGAUGCCUCUGCAGCGUCUGCGGCGAAAUUUGUCGGAGCACGGAAGCUGA